GCACACCAAACUGAAAUCUAGCAUCAAGAAGCACUGAAAGAGGAAUAUCCAGGUUCAGUGUGGGGAGAUCAAGAUCAACGCAACCUUAGAAUUUCUUCUUAAGUACACAAUCUCAUAAUACUGUUCUUUAAAAAAAAAAAAAAAAACAAGUUACAAAGUGUUCAGCAUGAGACGUGUCUGGUUUUGCUCUUUGUUCUACACCUGUGGAUUGGAUCAAGUAACAGGUCGCUCGCUCCAGGAGGUGAUUAUGACUUUGAAUUGCGACUGGAAAAGAACCUCAUCACUGCCAUGGCGGGCAGAUCCCCUGUGCAUUUACUACUCCAGUGAGAGUGUAUUCUGCCCAAAAUAUCUGGUUCAGAGGCAGCCCUGAGUUCCCCCUCAGCCCACCAAUGGUGGAGGAAAAGGACAAACUGAUGUGGCCACUACUUUCCCCUGAAAAUGAAUGCAGUGUUAUUCUGUGGGAUUUCAGUGGGAACGAAAGAAUCGAAGAGUACGGGCUCAUGUUAAAAUGGAGAACAAAUGAAACACACAUUUAUGAUGAGAGGGUCAGAGUGUCUUAUUCUACUGCAAAACUGAACAUCAGUCUAAACACUGAGGUCCUUGUAGCUGGAAAGCAGGCUUUUAUAACUUGCACACUUCCAGAUCUCUGCCUCGGUAGUGAUCCAAAUUUAACCUGGAAGGGACUCAGCUCAAAGAAGCUUUAUGAUAUCAGAUAUCCAAGGAAAAUGAACACGCAUUUGAUAUUCAGCCAACAGCUCCUUUACAUGCCUGUCCCUGAAGAUCAUCAAGCAGAGAUCACAUGUGAAGCUACAUUUGGAAGAAAUCGGAGUGCCAGUGCCACCAUGACUUUGAAGGUUCACUCUCAUCCUCAGAUACUGAACAGCUCCGCAUGCUCUCUGCAACAGGAUCAGCUCACUUGUGUGUGUGUCAGUCAGGGAGUGCCUUUGCCUGAUAUUCACUGGCCUCUACAAAACAAUGCUGAUUUGAACAUGGUCAGAGCAUCGGACUGUCACAUCACUGUAAAAAGUACCUUCACAAUGACUGUUGAGGACCUUACCAGAAUCGGUUCUCUAGUGUGUCAGCAGAAAUGAACUCGG